AUGACGAUAACCGAGUUGAGCGUCCGUGGACCUGGUCCCCUGCUCGCGACCCACCCGCACUUGAUCAAUGCAACCGCUGGUGCCGUCACCGCGUCCGAAGCCGAAAGCGCGGGACAGCGGGAGAAAGGACUCGAGGAUCUCAGAAUCAGGAUCCAGUCGCUCAAAAACGACAACCCGCUGAGCAAGUUCCGCGAGGACGAUUUGUUCCUGCUCUGCUUCCUUCGCUCGAGACGUUUCGACGUUGAUCGAGCGUUCAAGUGCUAUCAGAAAUACUACAGAGUGAGGAGUUCGCAUCCAGCGAUACUGUAUCCUCAAGGCGUCGGACCUCUGGAUCGUGUCAAGUUCUUCGAGCUGAACAACGUCACCCUCCAGCCGAAAAGGAACCCAAUCGACGGAAGCACAAUCUAUAUCUGGCGUAAAGGUGAUUGGGUUCCGGGCACCGACUGGGAUUUGGCAGAACAUCUCACGCCGUCGUAUUGGAUGAUCGAGCACGCCCUCAGAGAGCCUGCGGUUCAACAGCGCGGUGUUCAGAUAAUUAUCGACGGCGACGGAAUAACUUGGUCAAUGCUGCCUUACAUCAAAGUUAUGGUGUUCAAGGUGCUCGUUCACACAGUUCAGGACGCAUUCCCUGCGCGUUUCAGAGCCAUCCAUAUCGUGAAUCAGCCCGGCCUGUAUGAUUACAUCUACGCUUGCAUUCGCCCUUUUCUGAAGGCGAAAAUCGUGAAGCGAAUCCACCUCCACGGAGGCAACAUGGAAUCAUUGCACCAGCACAUAGAUCCGGAAGUCCUGCCAAGCGAAUACGGGGGCAAAGCUGGCCCUUUCAGUAAUGACUGGAUUCGGAAACAGCUUUACGCUCGCGACGAAGAGUUUCGGCGUCACAGCCACUACGGCUUUCUGAGGGAUCCCUCUGCAGCCAACGCGAAAUGA